GGGGAGAUGACAAAUUCGCUCUGUGUUUAGCAGUGGGAGUGUCUUUUAUUAAACUUGGUGCAGAAGCAACUUGCAGGGUUGGUCAUUGAGCUAUCGCGCUCAUCUUAAAUCUAUGAGGAUCGGAUUUUAAGAAGAUAUGAGACCUUCGGUUCUGUUUGUUCACCCAGACCUCGGCAUUGGAGGCGCUGAGAGACUGGUGGUGGACGCUGCUUUAGCAUUAAAGUCUCGAGGUUGCCAUGUUCAGGUGUGGACGAGUCACUACGACCCUAAUCACUGCUUUUCAGAGACUCGGAAUUCCGGUAUUCCUAUACGAUGUUGUGGAGACUGGCUUCCCCGGAGCUUGCUCGGUAGAUGCCAUGCACUCUGCGCCUACAUACGCAUGAUUUUCCUGGCACUGUAUAUUGUAUUUCUUAGUGGGGAACAAUUCGAUGUAGUUUUUUGUGAUCAGGUGUCAGCUUGCAUUCCUUUUUUUAAACUGGCCAGAAAUUCAAAGAAAGUACUUUUUUAUUGCCAUUUUCCAGAUCAGCUUCUAACUCAGAGGCUGUCGUGGAUUAAAAGGAUGUACAGAGCCCCAAUUGAUUGGUUAGAAGAAAAAACUACUGGGAUGGCUGACUGCAUUCUCGUCAACAGCUAUUUUACUGCUGCUGUUUUCAAAAAAACAUUUACUUCAUUAGCUUACAUAGAGCCAACUGUUCUUUAUCCAUCUCUAAACGUGAGCAACUUUGUAUCAACAGUGUUUGAAGAUGUAAGUGACCUUUUUCCUGUUAAAAGACAACAUAUAUUUCUUUCAAUCAAUCGAUUUGAAAGAAAGAAAAAUCUUAAUCUUGCUCUGGAAUCGAUGUUUGAGCUUCGUAAGAGACUUAGCUUGUUGGAAUGGGAACGUGUCCAUCUUGUAUUAGCUGGAGGCUAUGACGAGAGAGUAUUGGAAAAUGUAGAACAUUAUCAAGAACUCAAAGACAAUGCUGCCAAAUACGACAUUUGUAACCAUGUUACAUUUUUAAGAUCCUUUUCUGAUGAACAAAAACGUAAUCUACUCCAUAGAGCCAUAUGUGUUCUUUAUACACCAAGCAAUGAACAUUUCGGAAUAGUUCCUAUAGAGGCUAUGUACAUGCACUGUCCAGUCGUAGCUGUUAAUUCGGGUGGUCCCUUGGAAUCUGUUGAAAAUAAUGUAACAGGAUUUUUGUGCAGUCCAAACCCAAAGGAGUUUGCUGAUGCAAUGGAAAAGUUUGUGAAAAAUCCUGAUCUUAAAAACAGAAUGGGGGAAUCUGGACAUUUACGAGUUAAGAACAAAUUCUCCACUGAAGCAUUUUCGGAUGAGAUAUAUGCCCAUAUUUGCAAAUUAACCAAUUAAAAUGUUAUACCUAGGCAAAUUCUGCUAAUGUCUGUCUAGUUUACUCCAGGGUGGCCAUUCUGUUUGAAUGAUUAAAUAUUAUGUUUAAAUCCAUGUACAUAUGUUAAAUAUUUGCACCUUUCUUUCUGUCUAACUUGCUUUGGAGAGUAAUACUUGGGUCUGGUGAGUUGCGUGCUAUACUGUGUCAAGCCUUUUUUCCUUAUAAUGUGUACUUUCUUACUCUUAAGUUAUUAAAAUGUUAUAUGGCAGAGAGCUAAAUCACUUUAAUGUUGCUGGUUAAGUGUCAAGAAAGGAUUGCGAUUUGUUGCUCUUUCAUUUUCAGUUGUGACUUCUAAAAAUGGGUCUUUUAAUUAGGUGAAUGCUGAGGGGUCCUGGUUCAAGUAUUUUCAGUGAAAGUGCAAAACAGGUAAUUUGGAUUAGAGUAAAUUCAUCCCCCCCAGAUUAAA